GAAUCGGGGAUAUUUUACCCUAAUAGUAACAAUCUAAGAAGGAGAAGAGUCUAUUCUAAGCUAUAGCCAUAUCGACAUGAUUAGAUUGGGGGGGAACAGAAGGAUGAGCAACAUAAAUGUUUAUUAGAUUUUCAUCGUUCAAGAUUGAAUUGAAUGAUGAAGUCUGAGAAUUUCAAACUUAGUUGAGCUCGGGGUGAAAGUCAGGGGCUUCCCCCUGAUGAUAUCUUCAUUUCGGGACCGAGUUCUCAGACCCUGCGGACUAUCUACGCAAUCAUUAUAUUGCUACGCGUUUCAACAUAUCCAAUGAUUCAUAUCUUAACUGCAGGGGGGAUGCUUAAGUCUAUUUAAGCUGAGAAUUGAACCGGAUAGAGGUGUGGUUAGUUCCUCAAAAUCCUAUCGUUCAUCUAAACUUUCAUUAUGUUGACCCCUUUUGCCUCGUCGCUUGUGCUGCUCUUGCCAGCUCUGGCAACCGCUCGCGUGGCACAUCAAUCUCGAGCUCUUGUCAAUAGCACAUCAUGUGCUCCAAUCCAUUUGAUUAUCGCCCGUGGAACGACUGAGGGCUACCCUGGGACUCUCGAGAGCUUGGCCGGGUUGAUAACUGAUGCCAAUCCAGGCACUGAUUACGAAAGUGUCAUCUAUCCUGCUACGGACGAGACUUCCACGAACAGCUAUGCUGAAGGGCUCGUGGCUGCUAAAGACCAGUUCACUGCUUAUGCAGAGUCGUGUGAAGAUUCGAAAAUUGUCUUCCUUGCCUACUCUCAAGGUGCUAUGGUUGUUGGAGACAUGCUAGCUGGUGGAGGCGGAGAUGAGAUUCUUGGUGCCGGAAAUGGGUCACUUCCCAUUAGUUCGAAAGUUGGGGACCGCAUGACAGCUCUGGUUCUAUAUGGAGACCCAAGACACAUCCCCAACGAGAGCUUUGAUGUUGGGAACAACAAUGUAACUGGCAAAUAUCCAAGAACUGCUUCACAAAUUUCGAUCCUUGAAAACCAAUAUGCCUCAAAGAUUGCAGACUACUGCAAUGUUGAGGAUCCAGUAUGUGCUAGCGGUACUAAUCUUACAGCCCAUCUUGUAUAUCCUCAAAAUUGGGACACCACCGCUGCUGCUUGGGUUCAGACUAUGCUAGAAGGAUAAUCGAUGCCUUACUGCUUGUGUCGCGAUAUGCAAAACCCCAAGAAAAAACCAGAGCAAGGACGUUCGAUGUAGCAUAUUCACUAAGCAGCCGACAAAUAAACAGUCGUUGGAUGGGGAUAGAUCCGAGAAAUGGUACCCACUAGCUUAUAUAAUGAGAACCCCCUAAUCCACUAAACCAUGGUUCAAAAGUAUGGCGGGCCGUUCCAGACUACUUCGUAGUAUUACAAGAUAGUUCAUAUACCAUGUGUUAUGAUCGCUUCACUAUGUUUCAACCAAAAUGUUGCGAGAGUUGUGACUUUCAUAUGGGAUAUCUAUGGACUCAUUUUAGACACAUGUACCUUCUAGAAAAGGAAGGAAGGAUCUUUAACAAACUGCUAGUUUCAUGGGUCAAUUGAUAUAUCUGACGUGAUCCAGAGACUCGUUGUCCUUGAAACAAGAAAUAUAGAAAGCCGCUUUUACAUUCAACAGGGCUGAAAUGGGGAUUCUCGUUCAAAGUUUAAUACGGAUCAGGAUACGGAUUGAAUAUUAGUUUAGCAGUCUCAAUCA